UGGCCUUGAGGGUUUAAAUCUGAGUUGAGUGAGUCAUAUAGCUGUCCUCAUCUCUCUCUUUCUGACUUAAUCUGCCCUGGUUUUAUGUGGCCUAUUUCUAGACCAUCAAACAUUUGAGGACUUCAAGGAAGAAACAAGCACUCUUUUCUUUUUUUUCUUCAGUUAUUCUCUCUUUGACUCUUCUGUUUUGCUGGGCCUGGAUCAUUGUGAGCUCAGUGGUUGUGACUCUCUUGUAUAUGUGCCUGAAGGACUGCUGAUUUGGGGAGAGUACUGAGGACAUCUCGGCAGCUUUACAGGAAUAUGACUGAACAUAAAUGGCAACACCUCCUACCAUUGGCAUUCCUGCCUCUUCUGAAGAUGUUGAAACCAUGUAUUGCUACCACUUGAUGAUACAUCAAAGUUUUUUUUGAUUGACUGAAUAAAGGAGAAAAGAGGCCAUCAAGAUGCUGCGAGAAGUGGGAUCCAAUAUUAUGGUGUUUUAUGAGUAUGUAUUGCAGAGAACGGACCACCGGUUGUUGCCCUACCCGUUGAUGCGGACCCCCUUCCAGAUGACCAGCAUCCUGAUGGGCUAUGUGUUCUUCUCGCUGUAUGCAGGGCCUCUGUUGAUGGCCAACCGCAAGCCAUAUAACCUCAAAACAGCCAUGAUCAUCUAUAACUUCAGCAUGGUGUCCCUAAACGCCUUCCUAGUCUAUGAGUUCUUGAUGUCAGGAUGGGGAACCACUUUUACCUGGAGAUGUGACCUGUGUGAUUACUCAAGCAACCCACAGGCUCUAAGGAUGGUUCAAGUGGCCUGGUGGUUUUUGUUCUCUAAAUUCACUGAGCUUCUGGACACCUUUUUCUUUGUGCUGCGUAAGAAACACAGCCAGAUCACAUUUCUACAUGUCUUCCAUCACUCCUUCAUGCCCUUCACGUGGUGGUGGGGAAUUACCAUUGCUCCUGCAGGGGGAAUGAGCUCGUUCCAUGCCAUGGUCAACUGCUGUGUCCACGUCAUCAUGUACACCUACUACGGCCUGUCCGCUGCCGGACCUCGCUUCCAAAAAUACCUCUGGUGGAAGAAGUACAUGACCGCAAUCCAGCUGAUCCAGUUUGUGCUGAUCUCACUUCACAUCUCUCAGUACUACUUCAUGGAGAAGUGUGACUUUCAGGUGCCCAUGUUCAUUCACCUGAUCUGGAUGUACGGCACCUUCUUCUUCCUACUAUUCUCCAACUUCUGGAUUCAGGCCUACGUGAAGGGGAAACGGCUGCCUACGGCAACUAUGGAGAAGCUAAAGCAGAAUGCCGUUAUUAACGGCGACGUUACAGUGGUCAUCAACAGCAAGCCGCUGGAGAAUAGCAACGGGACAGCACAUCGUGUCAACGGCCAUAACCAAAUAGGCAAAGUGAAGGAAGUCUAG